AUGAGCUACAUCCUAGAGACGAUGAGCAGUCCUUCCUCCUACCGGAGGCUGGAGAGCCGGACUUACAGCAGCCGGGCGUUCGCCUCUCGCCCUCAGCCGUGGUCUCGGGUUAGUGCACCAGCGCCGGUGCUGACCUCGGCGUCCUACCGGCGCCUGGCCAGCGCGGUGCAGGCUCCCCGCGCCUACAGCUCCUCGGAGAGCCUGGACCUGAGUCAGUCCAGCGGCCUGAACGGGGACUACCGGGUCGUCGGCGGCCGCAACGAGAAGGAGCUGCUGCAGGGGCUGAACGACCGCUUCGCCGGCUACAUCGACAAGGUGCACGGCUUGGAGCAGCACAACAAGCAGCUGGAGGCUGAGAUCCAGGCUCAGCGGGAGAAGCAAGCGGGCCACGGGCAGCUGGGGGAGGUCUACGAGCAGGAGCUGAGGGAACUGCGGAGCCUGAUCGAGCAGGUGAACCAGGACAAGGCGCUGCUGCAGCUGCAGAGCGAGCACCUGGAGGAGGACAUGCAGCGCCUCAGGGAGCGCUGUGAGGAUGAGGCCAGGCUGAGGGACGACACCGAGGCCCACGCCAGGGCCUUGCGGAAGGAAGCUGAGGACUCGGCGCUGGUCAAGCUGGAGAUGGAGAAGAAGGCUCAGUCCCUGCAGGAGGAGGUGGCCUUCCUCCGGGCCAACCACGAGGAAGAGCUGGCUGACCUCUUCGCCCAGAUCCAGGCGUCCCAGGUGACCCUGGAGCGCAAGGAGCCGCUCAAGGGCGACCUGAGCUCGGCGCUGAAGGAGAUCCGCUCGCAGCUCGAGGGCCACUCGGCCAAGAACCUGCAGCAGACCGAGGAGUGGUUCCAGUGCCGCUACGCCAAGCUGAACCAGGCGGCCGAGCUCAGCAAGGACGCGAUCCGCUCGGCCCGGGAGGAGAUCAACGAGUACCGCCGCCAGCUGCAGUCCAAGUGCAUCGAGCUGGAGUCGGUCCGGGGCACCAAGGAGUCGCUGGAGAGGCAGAUCACCGACAUCGAGGACCGCCACAACGCCGACGUGUCCAACUACCAGGAAACAGUCCAACAGCUGGAGAAUGAGCUGCGCAACACCAAGUGGGAAAUGGCCCGUCACUUGCGGGAAUAUCAAGAUUUAUUAAACGUCAAAAUGGCUUUGGAUAUCGAGAUUGCUGCUUACAGGAAACUGUUGGAAGGUGAAGAAUCCAGGUAUACUUUCUCUGGAAGCAUCACUGGCCCCUCUUUCCCCUAUCGACCCCCGACCACGCCCACAGCCCCCGCCAAAGUGCAGAAAGCCAAAGAAGCCCCCAAAAUGAAAGUGCAGCAUAAAUUCGUGGAAGAGAUCAUUGAAGAAACCAAAGUGGAGAACGAGAAAGCGGAACUGGACGAGCUGGACCUCUCCGAGGCAGUGGAAAAGGCUGCGGGUGAAGACAUAGCCCAGGAAGAGGAAGCAGUGGAAGAGGUCGUUGUAGCCACAGUCAAGACUGCAGUCCAGGCUCAACCAGAAAAAAAGGGUGAGGAAAAGGAGGAGGAAGAAGAGGAGGAGGAAAAGGAAGAAGAAGAGGGAGGUGAAAGAGAAGGUGAUGCUGUCCAGGCAGAAGAGGAGCAGGAAGGGGCAGAAGAAACUGAAGCCGAGGAGAAGAUUGAAAGCGUGAAGGUGGAGGAAUCAAAAGCUGUACCAGAGGAGCAGGGGAAGGAAGCAAGUGAGGAGGAAGAGGAGGAAGAGGAAGAAGCCACCAAGAAAGAAGAAGCUGGUGAAGAGCCUGAAAAGGCAGCCACAGAAAAUGGAGAGGAAGGAGCAGAGGAAGAUGCUAGGAAGAGUGAGGACGCAGUCGAUAAGAAGGUCGUUUCUGAGAAAAAGGUCGACACGGUUGAAGGGGGCAAGGAGGCAGCAACGGAUGUCAAGUCACCACAGAAAGAGGAAGCCAAAAUAGAAGUGGAGGUCAAAUCGCCAAAAGAAGAGAAAUCCCCAGAAGCUGAGGAAAAGAAGGAUGAAGUCAAGUCGAAGGAUGAAGCCAAGUCAAAGGAUGAAGUCAAGUCGAAAGAUGAAGCCAAGUCAAAAGAUGAAGGCACAACCAUCAAUGGAGAGAUUGAAGAGAAAGGCGAUGACACCAAGGACAAGGAGGAAGAGCCGCAAAUCAUUUCCAAUGGGGUUGACCAGAGUCCCACAAAGGAGGAGGACUCUGACAUAGUCUCCCACAUGAAGACUGCAACAAAGACUAUCCAGAAGGUCAUUGAUGAUGAUGACGGGAUGACCAAACACAUCAAGGAGAUCACCAAAUCUGUCACAGUGACUCAGACAAUGGAGGAGACAGAAGAGGUGGUCCAGGAGACGAUAGUGUCUACUAAGACGGUGGAGAAAACCUCACACUCAGUCAUAAAGAAGGAGGAGGAUCAUGAGUGAAGCGAACUUCAUGAAGCAAAGGGGAUGACAUUUGACAGCUAAA